CUACUCUCAGGGUGCCCCAUUCCUCCUCCUCCCCCGUUUUACUUAAAUUCCUUGAAGUUUUUAAAGCACGAGACAAAGAAACCCAGUAUCGUACACAGAAGAAGAGCAGGGCCUGUAUUUGUGAACAUUCCUGAGAUGAAGAGGAGCACAGUAUUGCCAGGUGUAGGACUGUUCCUGCUCUUUAGUCUGGCUGGAGUGGGACACUCGUGUGUGGAUCCUGAAUCGGCCUACAGGUUUACCGGCAUUGUGUGUAGACUCACGUACCCUGCUGCUGUUGUCUUAAAUGAAAAAACAACAGAAGUCAUCCAGGCUGCUUUCCAGCAUGCCAAAUAUCCCAGUAUUCAGGGGGAGAAGUCAAUGUUAUUCAUGGGCAAGCUGAAUUACGGAUUACAUAAUCUGGAGAUCCACAAUCUGACAAUUGGAAAUAGUGAAUUUGAGCUGCAGGAGAAUGAAGGCAUUGCCAUCACUAUCUCCAACGUAUCUGUUGUUUUUAAGGGAACCAUUACAUAUGGAUAUGGGAGUGCACUCUUCAAAGUAGGCCAGUCACUUGAUUUUGAAGUUGAGUCACAAAUUGAUUUAGUCAUCAACGCUAAGCUAUAUUGUGGGAAAGACAGAGUAGCUGCAGACACGUCUGACUGCUACCUCACCUUCCACAAGCUGCAGCUCCUACUGCAAGGUGAUCGAGAACCUGGCUGGCUGAAGAAAGUGUUCACUAAUUUCAUCACUCUCACACUAAAGCUGGUUGUAAAGGGGCAAAUCUGUAAGGAAAUAAACAAGGUGGCAAAUAUCCUGGCAGAUUUUAUUCAGGACACAGCAGAGCAGUUUUUGAGUGAUGGAAAUAUCUCUGUGGAUGUCGGUAUAACCUCUGCUCCGCUCAUCACCACCAAUUACGUGGAGUCAUACCACAAGGGUCUAGUGACCUAUAACGGCACGACAUCAGUGAUCAAAGACUCCGUGUUUAAACCAGACCAGAUUUCGGAGAACCGCAGCCUGUAUUUUUGGCUCUCUGAUGAUGUCCUUGACCCUCUAAUAAAGGCAGCAUACCACGAUGGACGAUUCAUCAAAAACAUCUCCAGAACAGAGCUCACUGACAUGUUCCAGACAGAGCUAUCCACAGAGAGACCUAAUUUAGUGGACAAGUGGCUAUUUUCUGAGGAACCAUUGUUAAGGGCAUGGAGUGCAUCAGUGCCUCAUUUCUGGACAACGCCCCAAGGCUCAUCUGUGAGAGUCGUGGCUGCAGUGGAGCUCUCUUCUGCAAAGCAGGAUAGUCCUGCACUUUAUUUUGAGACGGAGGUGGAAGUCUAUGUGAGAGCUUCUUAUGCUGAAAAGAAAGUCAUCCUGAAGGCCACACCAGUGCAUAUAUCUACACCAAACAUAUCUGUCUCAGAAGGCGUUUCUGAAAUGGAGAAGGGCUUAAGUGCUUAUCUUCAGGAAGCUGUUGAGAAGAUUGGGAUUCCCAAAGUCAUACCCUACCUCGAGGCAGCAACAACAGCUGUGAUGGACCGGCAAGGUCUCAAUCUGUUUGAUAUCAUCGCUCCUGAAGUAAUACCUUAUAACGGUUAUGCCUUGGUGCAGAUGGAUUUUGGUUUCCCACAACAUCUACUAGUGGAGUUCCUCAAGAAGACGCUGGAGUAACUGCAGUCUAGUAUCCAAUAUACCAUAAUGCAUUUGUAUAAAGACACACACACACAAUCGCAAGUUGUCGGCACAGGUAUAUUUACAUUUCUACAUACAUACUUUUGGUUUGAAAGAGCAUUUUUGUAGUAACAUAUGAUUAAUUAGUUUUAAACACCAGUAAAAUAUCCUUCCUUAUCUGUAGAUGUCAAAGCAGGUGUUAUGAAAAGGAAACUUUACUGUU